AUGGAUUGUCCUCUCCUGGUUUGGAUGCUAUUCCUCAACCGGGAGAUGACUGUCGAGGAAUAUGACCAAUGCCACCAUACCACACGCGUAUGUGUGCCACAUGCGAAUGUACCAUACGCACGAGAGCAACUAGACACAUCGCGGCAGAUCAUUGCACACAUGCUCCCACUACUCAUGAUGCGGCAUCGACGGGUACCUAGGUCAAGAUGGAAAGACAUGGUCAGCGAAAACGGGAAACACUACAUCGAACAGGUAUGCAGCGGCUGUCCUGACAUCGACAACGCUAUGAAUCCGACCGGUCGCUUGCGGGCGAUGAUUGGCUAUCAUCUCGCGUACGACAACAACCUCAUCGGCAUGGUCAUGACCCAGGGGCGACAGAGGGACGUCAUCAACGUAGGGAUCGGCAUCAAGCAGCUAGCCGUGUCCCCGCCAGACAUCUCCGUCAACGUGUACGCAGAGUCCUUCUAUCACAAGCUCACGCCACUCGAGAUGACCUUCGUCAAGCCCGAAGAGGGCGAUGAGGUCGUCCUGCGCCGGCUCUGCCUGCUGCUCGCGCUCAAACAAGCGUACAUCAAGGCGAUCGGGCAACCGAUGGGCUUCGACUGGGCGCGGCUCGAAUUCAACAUCCCCAACAACUCCGUGACUGGGGACAACAUCCCGCUGCUCGGCUGGGAGUUCCGCGUGUGGACGAGCGACAUCGGGGGCUCGCGCGGCGAGGUGAACGUGGAGGAGAAGUACCAGUGCGCGAUCGCGUUCUUCCGCGGGACGCCGCAUACGAGGUUCAUCUGGCAGAAGGAGCGGAAGGACAUCGAGAGCUGGGUGCAGUUCAUCAACCUGGACCAACUCAUCAACGUCGUCCCCAAGCUCAUGGACUGA